GAUAACAUGAUUCUAGACAAGAAAGGCUUGUCCCUUGCCCGUACUCGGGGACACAUCGAUAAAGCGGCCAAGCGACGGAAACGGCGCCGCCACGUCCAGUGGAGCGUUUAAAGGGCGGCGGGGUGGAAGGGGAAGGAAGGCGGGCGAUCCCCACCCGCGUCGCCGCGGUGACGUCACAGGUCCGCGCGAGUAGGCGGCACCAAGGACUUACGCAGGACCUUCCUGGGCGGGCGCGCGGGGAGCCUGGCCCGGCCUCGAUAGGCGGAGCCGAGUUGAGUGAUAGCCAGGCCCCACCCUCCGCUUAAAGGGGCCGUUCAACACGAAAGCGCCUCAGGCCUGCCUUGCUAAAAUGAAGCACAUCCACUUGUCCUUUGCAGCGUGUGGGUUUCUGGGCAUUUACCACUUGGGGGCAGCAUCUGCACUUUGCAGACAUGGCAAAAGGCUGCUGAAGGAUGUCAAGGCCUUUGCUGGGGCUUCUGCAGGAUCCUUGGUUGCUUCUGUCUUGCUAACAGCACCAGAAAAAAUUGAGGAAUGUAACCAAUUUACCUACAGGUUUGCAGAAGAAACUAGAAGGCAGUCUUUCGGGGCAGUAACACCCGGCUAUGACUUCAUGGCCCUAUUGAGAAGCGGAAUAGAGUCGAUUCUUCCUUCCAACGCUCACGAGCUAGCCCAGAAUCGACUGCAUGUAUCCAUCACCAACACCACCACCAGACAAAAUUACUUGAUCUCAGAUUUUUCCUCCAGAGAAGACCUCAUUAAGGUUCUCUUAGCUAGCAGUUUUGUGCCCAUUUAUGCAGGACUGAAACCCGUGGAAUACAAAGGGCAGAAGUGGGUGGAUGGAGGCCUCACCAACAGCCUUCCAGUCCUGCCUGUGGGCCGGACGGUGACCAUCUCUCCCUUCAGUGGACGGCUGGACAUCUCCCCGCAGGACAAAGGGCAGCUGGAUCUGUACGUGAACAUCGCCAAACAGGAUAUAAUGUUGUCCCUAGCAAACCUGGUGAGGCUCAGCCAAGCCCUCUUCCCACCAAGCAAGAGGAAAAUGGAAUCCCUGUACCAAAGGGGUUUUCAGGACACCGUUAAGUUUCUACUUAAAGAAAAUUGGUUUGAAUAAAUGCUUAAAAACUUAUAACACAAAACCAACUUCAGACUGUUUUGAUGAAGGCUUCUAGU